GAGUUUCGUUUUGUUAGGUUGGCCGGGUGAUCGGGUUGGUGGCGGUGGGACUUGUCAAUUAGAGGCAAGGCAAGAUCAAGAUCAAGAUGGCGUCAUCCUGUUUUGGUGAUAGUAUAUUGUUGAUAGUUGAUAGUAAACAAAAAUCUGCCAACAGUGCCAACUCAACAUUAUGGUUGCAAUUGCAAUAUAAGUUUACUUAUUUAUUUUACGAGCAAGAGCAACCCAUUUUAACAAGAUCAUAAAACGAUUGUCGUUAUUUAAUCAAAUGCCAUAGGGCUAUUAUUGGCCUACAAACCAGGAAACUUGACUAGCCUAUUUUCACCACAUAGGCUAGUUUGAAAAGAGAAUCUGCUAUUUUGGUGAGAAAUAAUCCGGACAUCUUUUUCACAAACAAUCUGGUCCAUCAAUACAACACGAGAAGAGCUAAUCAAGUACAGUAGAACCUCUUUAAUCCGAACCCCCAUAAUCCGAACGUCCACUAAUCCGAACCCCUCAUUGCUGUACUCUAUACACAGUACAGCAGUUCUUUAUUGUAUACUGUAUUUAAUUUACAGUAGUGUUUAUUCACUAUGUUAACUACUGUAUUAAAUAAACACUGUAUUUUACUUUAUAAAACCUUUUUUCACUAUUCCCAAAAUAAUGUUGAUCAAUUUUAGCCAUGUUUUAGCUAUUGUUAUGUAAAAACAACAAUAUGUUCUGUAAUCCGAACUAUUCAAUAGUCCGAACUACCCCUGGUCCCAAUUAGUUCGGAUUAAAGAGGUUCUACUGUACAUGUAAACUUACCCCAAGUUAACUCAACUUUGGCCUGCAAGAGCCCAUAUUUUAGUAGUGUCAAGAUCUACAACUCACUACCAAGGAACAUUAUCCAAGAGCAAAAUUUCAAUAAAUUUAAGAAGAUGUUAAAGUAAUAUUUAUGUGAAGCGGCCUAUUUUAAAGUAGAAGAUCUGUUUUUAGGCCUAUUAUUGUUUUUCUACCCAGUUUGACGACCACGUCGCAGGAGCGAUGCUAGUGGGACAUCAUCAAGUAUCAAGAUAAAAUCAUUCUCAGAACCAAGUUUAUACAGAUGAGUCGUUGUUUGAUAAGAAUGAAAAUCAAACUUUGAAAAUGAUAUUCAAUAUCAGGCUAAUCUCAAGACUUCCGGACAAAAUGCUGUUAUCCUCUACAGUUUUGCCACACUGCCGUUUUGAAAAUACGAGGAAAUGGAAAUUCUUGGACACUGGAUAAUAAUACUUCUAAUGCUUGGAAGAAUAAUUGAAUCAACCACACCAAAAGUAUACAGUAGUUGCCCAAUUUCAGAUCUUCAACUCGCUUGCUCUUCGUCAAAUUCUGUUCUGUUUGAAUGGGAUUUGAAACAGAAACAGAGAGACAACUGCAAAAGUCAGAUUUUAAAAAUCUUAUAUACGAAAAACGGGUCACUGACAGCUCAAGAGAACUACACUGAAAUUUUAAAGAAACAAAUUCUUAUCAGAGGAUUACUGAGGGAUCACGUAUAUAGCUUCCAAUUUAAGCAAUAUUAUUUGAAUUCUACUGAAGUAAUCAACGAUUUAAAAUUACGUAGGGUUACUCCAAGUGCAGUAGGAAGAAUUGAACAACCGACUGCAAUAAAUAUUACAUCUUCAUCAGCAUCUGUGAAGUGGCAGUUGUCGAAAAACAAAGCCAAAUGUAUAUCUGGUUUUGUGAUCGAAUGGUGUUGGAAUCACAAUAACACAGAGAUGUGUGAAAAAAGCUCAGUGUCGAAGGAAGAGAGACAUAUGACGAUAGUUAACCUAACCCCGUGUACUUCAUAUGUACUCAACAUUGCCACCGAGGAUGUAGAUCAUGUGCCUUCACAAUCCACUAAUCUGACAUUCAAAACUACAGCCGCAGCCAAUAUUCAAGCAGUGCCAGAAAUAUCCGUUAAAAAUCAAACAGCUGAUUCAAUCAUUGUCGCCUGGGAACAGCUAUCUUAUGGUUCAGAGUGUAUUAGUGGAUACAAAAUGUUCCUGUAUGAUUCUGGACACAAAGCAGUAGGCCCAUACAACGGAUUCAUCGUUCCUGCUGACUCCAGAAACUUCACAUUUGUUAACCUCAAGCAAUGUAAAUUGUACUACCUGUACGUCAGUGCGUAUUUUGGAGACUCUUUAAACGAUUUGACACCUUUAAAUAAGAGGAAUGGUCUGAUAAAGUCAUUUACAACUACAUCAGACAAGGUAUCUGUGGAAAACCUCAUCGUAGACACCACCUGGACCGGUUUGCGGAUCAAAUGGACUGCUCCAUCAAGAUACAAGGCUUGCACUCGACAAUACAUAGUUCAAGUGUGUGAUGCGAUUGAGUGCAAGAGUUCUGGAACACUCAAUGUCUCUACUUAUGAUGUUGAACAUCUUCCAGCCUGCACCUCGUACAAGAUCACGGUCGGCUUUAAACACUUGCCCGCUACAUCUUCAACGUCAGCCAUCACUAGAGACUCGUAUGCUGCCAGUUCAAAAGAACUGCAAGUUAUAAAUAGAACUUCUGAUUCAAUAACCCUCAGUUGGGCAGUGCAAGAAAGCUUCAGAAGUUGUGAAGGACGAUUUGUUCUAUCGAUACAAGAUGACUACAAUUUUACAAUCAUGAAUCGUAAUAUGUCUCACUUUGUGAGAGAGUUUAAAAUUGGAGACUUAAAACCUUGUCAUUCAUACUAUUUUACACUGACAUUAUUCAGCAAUGAUAAAAAAUCUAUUAUUGAUUACUCGAGUAUUAAAACCACCACAAAAGCAGCUGGUGACCAAAGAAUCAGCAACCUUCAGGCGACUAACCUCACUAAUGGAAUGCUACUGAGGUGGCACAUGGAUCCUGAAUAUAGUGCUUGUGUGUCUUAUUAUCAAGUCUCUCUGAAGCCCCGAGAGGGACAAAUUUCUUCCUUUAAUACUAAGAACAAUGAGUUCAAAUGGAUGGCAGAAUCUGUGAACAUGCUCGAGUCCGCAAGCGUAUGGCUUGUGAGUGAGGGUAAACAGGUUGGACUACCCGAGUCCUUAGACUUCAAAAAACAGUUUGAAGUUCUCAGCAAGCCCAAGGAUGUUGUUGUGGUCGCAUCCAGUACGAUUAUAUCAAUCUCAUGGAAGCCUGCCCAGAUGCGUGGAGUCAGGUACCAAGUGGAAGUAUUCAAUCAGUCGCUGUUGUACCCCCCUCCCCCCACCUGCCCAGCCACUACACUCGGUCCCUGCAAUGUAACUAGCAAGAAGACAGAAGUCUCCGUUCCAAGACUUCGCCCCGCCACUUCCCUAUGGGUUACUGUCAAAGCGGUAACGAGAGCGGAGUAUGGUCCUGCCAGCAAACCUGUCCAUGCUGUGACUUUAGACGGAGCUUCAGAUCCCGUUGAAGACUUGAAAGUUUUCUUUACUCGCUCCAAUGUGUGGUUUUCUUGGCGACGACCAUGUUUCACCAAUGGACCUAUCAGUCAUUUCACCGUCUAUAUUAUCGGAACACGACGUAACGAUACUACCAGCCUUGUUGCUGAUAUUCCAGCACAACAGCCCUCAGCAGAUUCCUACAACUCAUCUUUUGAUAUUUCACAAUUGAGAGAUGGGGAAGCCUACACAGUCGCUGUUGUUCCAUUUGGUUUAAAUAAGUUGUCAGGACAAUACAACCUUAGAAAUUUCACCGUUCCACCGACAAUGCCAGCGCCACAGAAUGACCAAGUGUUUGCGGAUCUACCUCCAGUUCGGACGACUCGUUCCACAGCGAUCGUCUCCUUAAGGAGUGAUCUUUUCCCAAACACAAACGGAACUAUCAGAUAUUACGCAAUAAUAGUUGCUGGCAACUUUACCUAUGAACCUCGGUCUGGAUAUAUGGUCAAUCACACGUGGCCAAAGAUGAAAACUUGGGCUGCUGCGACACAAACACACCCUGUUGGAGUCUACCAGGCAACCCCUCCAUGGUGGAACCCUUUCACAGACUCAGACAAAACACCGUUUACUGUCAAACAAUUCACGCUCGGAACAGAAGAAUGUUCCAAAACCGACUUGAACACUUUCUGCAACGGACCUCUACAUUCAGCGAGUGUGUACUACGUCAGAAUCCGAGCUUUCACUCUCACUGGCUACCGAGACUCUAAAACCAUCAUCUUCAAGACAGUGGAUCCAGUCGUAGAGGCCAGUUUGGUCGUCAUCGCUCUCAUAAUUAUUGCUGCGGUAACAACAACUGCGUUUGUCCUCCUAGUGGUCAAAGGCCACGUAAAAUGGACCAAGGAGAAGAAAGUUAUUGCUAGCCCAGAGUUCAACAGCAAUGGACUAAAAAAGCCAAUGCAAGAGAUGCCAUUUAAGGACUUUGUUGAUCAUGUUAACAAACAUUUGAGAUUCUCAAUUUUUCUGGAAGAUGAAUACAGUCAAUUGAUGGAUGAUACUUCCACCAUUUUAGGCACAACUAAUGUUGCGACGAUUCCUCGAAACAAAGGAAAAGAUAGAUAUAAAAACAUCAUUCCUUAUGACUCAAAUCUGGUUAAACUGGACGGAGAUGACACUAACAGUUACAUCAAUGCAUCACACAUUAAGUUUCAAGACAAAAGUUCAAGGUCCUACAUAGCUUGUCAAGCCCCCAAGAGAGAAACCUGUGCAAACUUCUGGCAGAUGAUUGUGCAAUAUAAGGUGAAAACGAUUGCAAUGCUGUGCAAGCUAUGUACCAAUGAUCAGGUAAAAUGCUACCCAUAUUUUCCAAUUGAAUCUGGACAAUUGACUUUUGGCGAGUUCAAAAUUUCCUGUACUCGAGAAGAGAUUUUCACCUACUUCACUCUGAAAUAUCUGACAGUAGAAAAGGUUGGUGUAAAGUGGAAGGUCCAACACUUUCAGUUCCAACAAUGGUUUGAUCAUUGUGCGCCCCCAGAUCCCAAGAUGUUGGUAGACUUUAUAGAUGCAGUCAGGACAACGUGCAAACAGAAAGAAGAUCGUCUCGUUGUACAUUGCAGCGCUGGCGUGGGAAGAACUGGAACUUUCAUAGUUGUUGAUGAGUUGCUGCGUAAAAUCUGCAGCCCUGACCGCAGCAGACUGAGUGUUCCCAAAACAGUUUUGUGUUUGCGACAACAACGCCACAACCAAAUGGUUCAAACCAAGGAGCAAUAUAUAUACAUCUACAAAUGUUUAAAGUACACAUUGGACCAAAAGACUUCAUGUGAUGCAUAAGACUGUUACAGACGAUCCGACAGAGAAGAUUCAUAUGAAGAUAGUUCAAGAUCAGACAAAGUCAACAACCUGAAGAUUUUUACCUAGACAAUAGGCAAGACAACAACUAGUCAGUAGGAAAAGUUGUCGGAGAAUGUGAAUAGUAUAAUAUAGACUAUAGAGAAACUAGCUAUUUCCCGUCAACUUCGCCAGACUUUUGGGUUUUUCUCGAACCCGCUGAAGUUGUGUCUUCGCUAGGGGCUUAAAUGACCUUUUUGCAUUAACAUUCCAUAUAGUAAAAGUUAUUAAGGAUUAAAUCCAUUUUUAUACAUAACCUAAUCACCUAAGCUAAUUUAACAUGUGGGACUAUACUGAAGACAAACUAAGGAGAAAAACUUUUGUUUGAAAAAUUUACCAGCCUUCUACCAGGAGAUUCAAACUACUCUCUCCGGCACAACCUACAUAAUGUUUUUACCAAAAAUACUAUUUGUUUUCUAUCUCUUUUUACUUAUAAUUUGUCUGCUCCCGAGACCCAAAAAGUUCUAAAAAUACUAAAUUAUUCCAAUUUGUUAACUAAUUCUUUGAGGGUUUUCUUCAAUUAACACGUUUGCUGCGGCCUAAUGCUAUAUUUUGUGAUUGGUCUUUCUGAGAUAUUUGAAUGCCAAUUGCGAUCGCUGAUUCAGUAGCGCGCCGGGGCUCCGCCCGAGCCUCGCCACAGUUUUCGAGCGCCUGUGUAAAGGUUUUCAGCAGCGAACGUGUUAAAUGGGUUUACUCUCUGUCUGAAAAAAAUGAUAUACAUAGAAUAAGGAUAUAAUAGCCUACAAAUAAUUUUGGACACUACCACUACCUGUUUCUGAAUCUUGUAAAAAUAAAUG